CGCCAUCUUAGCGAAUAGCUGUCUACAAAAUUGACCAAAAAGCGGUUCGGACGUUCAGUGUUUUUAUCUCACUUAAACUGGUAUGAUUUAUUAAUAUUACUAAUAUUAUUACUAUAAAUAAUAAAAAUAAUAUAAUAUAAAUAUUUUAUUAGGUAUAUCAAUAUGAAUUCACGCAAUAUUCAAGUAUUUACGGUCAUAUUACUUGUUGUGAUUGCCGUGCCGUGUAUGCAGGCCAAGCCAUGCUCCUUCGAGUCAUUUAAAGGUACGUACGAAAAAAAUGGAUAGUCGUUUUUGGUUCAUGAAAAAAAAAAAAAAAACAAGUAUAAUAAUAUUUUUAACAACACGUCCAAAAGGAUGUGUAAUAUAAUUCCACGUGGGUUAGAAAAUUUUUAAUUUGCAUAAUUUAGGAUUUUUAUACCUACCCUUAUCUUAGAUUAGUGCGAAUUUCGGGGGAAUUUUUUUUCUCUUUAAUACGGUUGAUAGAAAUUUAAAAUUAUUAGGUUCUACUUUUUCAAUAAAUACGAUAAUUAGUUACUAGUAUUAAGUAUUUCAUAUAAAUCUCGAACAAUUAUUGUUGUUCAAAAUUUAUUCUUACAUUUUCUUAAAUCUAAAUCACUUAUCUGUAAAUAAAAAUCAUAUCUAACUUAUAAAAGUAAAACAUAUUUAUUUUCUCUUAGUUUCAUAGAAAAAUUAAAUUGUCCUAUACCAUUAAUUUCAAUGUUAUCUAUAGUAAUGUGUAUACUGAAUAGCUUGUGUUGUAAAACAUAUUUAACAUUUAUUUGCUUUGAUUAUCUCCUGUGUGAAUAAUGAGAUAAUACCAAAAGUGUAUUAUUGUACUGAUAAAAAUUAUAAUCAUAUUCAAAUUAAAUUAUUUUCUUUUAAUCUCAUAAAUAAGCUAUAGUGACACAUCCAUCACCAGUAUCAGCUCUUUUUUUUAUGUAAAUAAAACCAUUACUAUUAUUUUGUUUAAUAUUGAUUUCAGUAUGGUUGUUUACCAGAUAUCUUAUUAAAAUAUAAAUAUUGUAUUUAUAGUAUAAAUAUUAAAGAAUUUUUCAAUAUAUCUGAUUAGUUUUCUUAAUAAUGAGAAAAUCUUAUAAAAAAUAAAAGGAACGGGAUUGUUUACAUAAACUGUCACAAAUUUAAAAAUAAUAUUGGUUUCAAGAAAAAAGUAUUUUUUCAGUGAAUCAAAAAUAAACAGUAUUAUACAAAGUAAUAAAAUACUUUUAUUUGAAUAAUUUACUACACUGUANAUACUCAUAGUAUCUACUUUUAUAGAAAUUAAUUUGUUCUUUUUAUAAAUUAGUGAUAAAGGAACUGUUUAAUAAAUUACUGGAUGUAAUUCAAACAGUUCAAACAGAGCACCAACAAUUUCUCACAACCACAAAACCAAUACCAAGCACACCAUUGGAGGAACCAGAGGAACACAUGCUUCAGGGUCCCUUCAGCUCAUCACCCAGUACAUCCGAAAUUGAUGAGAUGUAUGAGAUAGAUAGAUCCCAGGAUCCGAGAAUCUAAUUAAAAUUAUAAUCAACAUACAUACAAUGAAAUUUUGUAUACUACAAUUUUAAUUUCAAUAUUACGAUGACAAAGUAUCAUUCAAGAAAGUCAAUUUUUAAGCAAAU